CAGCGCUCUUUCUUGCACUCCCUUCAAAAUCUGAAAAACCUCUCUCUCUCUCUCUCUCUCUGAGAGAUUCAAACUCUUCUACCGCUUCUCUCCGUCACCGUCUCCGGUAACCAACCGAAGCAACACUUCAAUCAUCAACCAAUCCCUAACCUGCUUGGUUGCAUCUUCAACUCAUCUUUUCAACCUCCACUGCAAUCUCAACCAAUUAGGUUCUGAUCAAACCUCUCUCAGAAAGUACCUUUAUAAUUGAAUUUUUAAGUACGCUAUCUAGAUCAGAGGGGCAGGGGCUGUGAGUGAGGAUGAAUUUGCAACCCGGGCAGUCUAAGUCCUCUAAUGGAUAUGGACGUCGUAAAUCUGGAAGAGAAGUUGCAGCUAAGUCAGAGAAUAAGAUCCCAUAUGAAAAUAUAAAUGUCAACCGGUUGGCAAGUACAGUUGUAGCAGGUGUGGUUACAGGCAUUAAAGAUGGCAGUUAUGAGAGUGUUUCACAUGAUCGACUAGUAUAUGUCACGACAUGUCUAAUUGGGCUGCAGGUGGAAGUCCAGGUGAAAAAUGGGUCUGUAUACUCAGGAAUAUUUCACGCAAUAAAUACAGACAGUGAUUUUGGAAUCAUUUUGAAAAUGGCCCGCUUGACAAAGGAUGCUUCAUCACAUGGGCAGAAGUCUGGUGCAGAAUUUGUUAUCAAGGCUCCUUCAAAGAUUUUAAUUAUACCUGCCAAAGAACUUGUGCAAGUUAUAGCACAGGGUGUUGCUCUUACUAGGGAUGGCCUACCUAGUGAACCUCAGCACGAUAGGUAUCAGGAAAUCAUGGUUGACUCAUUGAUAUCUCAAUCUCAUCAUGCUGAGUUAGGAAGAGAACUAAAACCCUGGGUACCUGAUGAAGAUGAUCCACAAUGCCCUGAACUGGAAAAUAUCUUUGACGGCCACUGGAAUAGGGGGUGGGAUCAGUUUGAAACAAAUAAGACAUUGUUUGGGGUAAAAAGCACAUUCAAUGAGGAACUUUAUACAACAAAGCUUGAAAAAGGGCCACUUACAAGAGAAUUAGAAAUGCAAGCUUUAAGAAUAGCAAGAGAAAUUGAGGGCGAGGAAACCCGAGAUCUUCACCUUGCAGAGGAAAGAGGUCUUCACUUAGAUGAAGACUUUGAUAUUGACGAAGAAACUAGAUUUUCUUCGGUCUAUAGGGGUACACAUGAUGAUACAUAUGAGGAAGAUGAAGACAUACUGUUUGGUUCUCACAAUUCUGAAACUUUUAAUGGUAUAUUCGGUUCGGUCAAUGAGAGGUAUGGUGAAAUAAAUGGCGGAGAAGGCAAUAAUGGAGCUCCCACAUUGGCAAAUUCUUCCUCCAUGGGUUACCCACAGUCAUCUCAGUCAAGUUCUGGUGUAGAUUUAAACUGUUCUAGUGCUUAUGAUCAUGCUAAGCAAUUUCUGUCUGAAAUCCCUUCCAAAAGCUACUCAUAUUCGGAUGGGGAAAGCAGGAUUCAGGAGAACCUGGUUCAUAAUCUACAUGGAGCCAGUGGUAACAACAGGGAAGAAAAUCAUAUACAUGGUCAGGAUGUUCAACUGUCUAAAAAUGAGGAUUCACAAGCAUCACUCUACUUGAAGAAAGAUGACUUUGAUAAAGGGAUAUUAUCUCCUAAUGCUAGCUCCUAUGCCCCAGCUUCUCAUAUAAUAUCAAAAUCUCAUGAGAAGAUGGGAUCCCCCAGGGAUUCUACCGAGGGUUUAGCACAUGGUAAAGCUAAUGACAGAACAAAGUAUAUAAACUCACGUGGAGCAUCAUCUUGGUCAGAUCCUGUGAGAAGUGUGGCGGCAUCUUCUGGUCCUGAUUUAUCUCCAAGUUCGUCAGUUGGUUCGUUGUCUUCUGAAAAAUCGUCUUUGAAUCCCAAUGCAAAGGAAUUCAAGCUCAACCCAAAUGCAAAGAGUUUUAUUCCAUCACCUACUCGGUCUCCCAGUCCGGUGUCUGAUAAUUCCUUCUAUUUUCAACCGAAUGUAACUACUGUACCAAAUAUGCCAGCUGUGCCCAUGAGUAUUGGGAUUGGACCUAAUUUUUCCGGGCAACAACCUAUCAUGUAUAAUCCACAGGUAUCCCAAAUGCCAACUCAAGCAUAUUUUCAUCCAAAUGCACCGCAGUACGGACAGCUUCUUGGUCAUCCUAGGCAAGCUUUAUACAUGCCGCCGAGUUACCAACCUGAAAUGCAAUACAAGGGACGUGAUUAUUGAAGACUUGACUGAAUGUAUUAUUAGCAAGUCAACUUCUUGCUCGGAAAGAAUAAACUAAGUGGAUGUUCUGAAAAGUUUUAAAUGAAGAUAUCUGCAGCUGAUGGAAGAUUUCAAAUCGUCCAUUGUGUGAUAUGAUUUUAUGACCUUGCAUGAACCCAUACAGUUUUGGGGUUUCUCGGGUUUUAGUUGACAUAAUUUAUAUUGAUCCUUACUCCUUUUUUUUCUUAAUACCAUACAACAUAACUUACAUUGGG